UGCUAUAAUUGUUUACGAAGUUAAUAAUUAAGUUAAAAACCUUUUUGAACUUUUUCUCUUCGUAUUUUAUUAAUAAAAUAAUAAAAUUAACUAGACGUUUCGAUAUGUUAACAUAUCAUCCUCAGUAAUUAAAAAACGAAAAAUUUAAUAGAUUCACAAUCUAAAAUUAUAACAAAUUUUCUCGAAAAUUUUUUGAAAAUGUUAACAUGAUUUUAAUAAUGAUAGAAUAGGAGUUGAUAAACAUCAUACAUAAGAUUUAUACUUCUAUAUUAGCAUUCUCCACCUGAUCCGCCGUAUUAACUAUCCUAAGCAUAGAUAAAUCUUAUGUAUGAUGUUUAUCAACUCCUAUUCUAUCAUUAUUAAAAUCAUGUUAACAUUUUCAAAAAAUUUUCGAGAAAAUUUGUUAUAAUUUUAGAUUGUGAAUCUAUUAAAUUUUUCGUUUUUUAACUACUGAGGAUGAUAUGUUAACAUAUUGAAACGUCUAGUUAAUUUUAUUAUUUUAUUAAUAAAAUACGAAGAGAAAAAGUUCAAAAAAUUUUUAACUUAAGAUCUUAUAAGAUCUUAUCCUUUAAGAUUUUGAUAAGAUAAUCUAAGAUCUUAUUUAAGAUCUUAAUAAGAUUUAAUGACUCUACUUCCAUUCACCCUUUUGUUUUGCUCUCAUUCAUCUAUAUAAGUAACAGCAAUAAUAUCAGUGAUUUUACGGUUAUUUUUCUUCCAGACUCUGCUAGUACUUGCUCUCUCGAAAGUGUUCAACAACUUUUUAGAGAGUGUACAAACAGGUCAAGGUCCAUAGUUGGACACCCGAAAAUAUGAAAUUUCUCUUUAUUCUUCAACACUGUUCAACUGCUGCUUUGGAUAAAAAUUCAAAAAUUCUAGCGAAUCUCGAAUGAAUACUAUUUAAAAAACAUCAUCGUUCUUACUAUUAAGAUCCUAACAAAUUCUUAUCCAAGCUUGAAAAAAUCUUAGACAGUAUAAUCUUAGUAAGAUCUUAGAAAAAUCUUAUCAAAUCUUAGAUUUUUCGGGUCCCACGAUCUUAGUAAGAUUUGUCUAAGAUCUUAGACAAAUGUAAGCGAAAUCUUACUAAGAUCUUAAUAAGAUUUUUCUAAGAUCUUAGUAAGAUUCGAGUAAGUUUCUCACUAGGGAAUGGGGACUUUCUAUUGUUGGAUAUGUCUAUUUAUAUUUAGGUGAUGAUUGAUUUUGAAAAUCGAACACAUAUCUCGGUUGCUCAAGCAUCGGUAAACUUAAUGGUGUUAGUGCAUAAAUUGAAACAAUUAUUUCCAGCUGUUGAUCCUAACAAAAGUUAUAUUGAAAUUGAAUUGUUAAGCUUGUUAAGCAAAUCAAGACGCAGAUGUUCAUCGAUAUUUGUUGAACUAAAGAAACCCAAUGAUUCCACAAAAACAUUUGAUGUCUGGUUCAACGCAACUAUUGCAAAAUUACCAUUAACAUUUAAUGUAGUGUAUUUCCAAAAUGAUAAUAUAUGGAAAUUUUACCUUGUUUACUCCGAUAAAAUUGUAUUCGAUGUAACAAGUUAUCCAAUUCGAGAAAUAAUGGCGAUAUUUAUUGCUGCAUUUUAUUCAUUUGAUCUGAACUAUAAUACUAGCCAAAAAGCGAUAGCGGAUGUUAUAGAUAAUUAUGUAUUUAGAGAACAAUCGAAAUUUAAAUCGUCCUAUGGUGUUCUCGCACAAGAGAUGAUUUUAUCGUUAUCAAAAGAUAUGUAA